UUAAAGGUGAUAGCAGACGGUUUUGUCGUCGUCUCGCUGUUUAACAGUCAUUCGUUCACCGCGGUUACGUACAGGAAUUUGUUUGUCUAGCGUAGGCUGUAAACGCUAAGGGAAAAGUUCCACAAAAUGCAACCGGUGUCGUAACACAAAUGACCGUUAUGGGGUCGACCGAAGUUGUAAAAUGCGUGUCGGUAAUAUAGGGUUUUAAACCUCUACUCAGUUUGAGGGAAGUCGGUAAAAAAGAAAAGCAACUGAAUGUGCCAAAGUUGUAGCAGAUUCCGUCGGAUCCUCACCGGGCUAUUCUCAUGUAAACCACUCCUCGAAUCAUUCAGCGGCUGGGUGGUAUCUUACUUUGUGUAGCGACAAAAAGCCAUAUUGCAUCAUUUAAUUUUCUCAAGUCAUGCAAAUAAGAUUGGGGGGCGACGACACUGAAUAGGACGAACUCGACUUCUCCUCCUCCCCGCUACACUGCCCACACACGGAGCCCUUUUUGAUUAUGGCAAAAGAAUAACAACAACACCAUUGUGUUUGUUGGUUUCACUAAUGGGAGAAGCUGGAGAACAUCACUCUCCCUCAGUCAUCGGCUCUGUCCAAGUGUUAAUGCCUUUGAGAGGGUGUGUGUCCUUCACGAUAUCCUCCUGCCAACCAACUUAAACCUAUUCCCUGAGGACAAGUGUUUUGUGUAAACUUAGUGUUGCCUACAUCAGUGCGCUAUCCGUCUUUCUCGGUCUCUCCGGCCAUAUGAGGUUUGCAGAGCGUCGCUUAUUUUUUGCAACUGCAAGACAAGUGAUUUUUUUUUUCCAAAUGAUGCGCUGUAUAACAAUAUUUUUUUCCAGCAAGUUCAUUGGCAAAAGCGAUUAUACAGAUGCUAUCGUAAGAAAAAGUAAUCCUGUAACAGCUGUUCUUCCUUAUGAAGCAAUGCGUUGCAGCUUGGUGGGAUGCCAGUCUUAAAAAUUUAAUGUAAACAUCUGAAACACCCUGGGGAUACAUUUAUGACAUUUUUAUUAUCUUAUACUCUUAUAGCUCCAUGUUUGUUUGAUUAUGGCUCUGUUCUCAACCUGCUAUAGCAUGUCCUCAGUAAAAGUGCAACAGCUGAGCCUCAUUCCCAUUUUCUCCCUGCUUUUGAGGAACGUACUCACUGAGAUUCAGCAAAAGACAACAAACAAAGGACCACUUGUUCUGGUUUGGAUGAUGGCAACAUUGGAGCCCAUCCCAGCAACAUAUGGACACAGGGCAUGGCUGAGAGCACACAAAUGCUACUCUCUGUGGACCUUGUGCCAGCCCAUGGCACACAGAAUCAAUGGGCAAUUUAGAGCAGGAGGGCAGGCAUGCCCACAACACUACAUGGCAUGAGUGAACAGGGCACAGAGACAGAGGAACACACCACUCAUACAGGGUCAUAGCCUUCCUGGAUCUCCCUUUUUGGGGAAGAUAUCAAUUAGACAAUUGAACAAAAGAACAAUAGUGAGAUUUUGGUAUCUGUGGAACCUCAAACAGGCUUGAAUUUAUUUUUCCUCUUCAAUUUGUCUGUUAUCCUGCCUUUACAUUUGCUGUAUGUUAGUAUAUUUUUCAGGUAGACAAUCAAGGUUUUGUCGGGAGCUGUGCCAACUCUUCGAUUUUCUCCACCAACAACACCGAAUGUGGACGUCUCCUGGAGGAGAUCAAGUGUGCUCGCUGCUCCCCCAAUGCCCAGGUGUUGUUCCACUCCUCGGACAUGGAUAAGAUGCCACACAGGGAGCCAGACCUUCCACGGCUCUGCCAGGACUUCUGCCGCGAAUUCUACUACACCUGCAGGGGGCACAUACCAGAACUGUUCCAAGCCGAUGUGGAUGAGUUCUGCCAGUACUAUGGAAGGAGAGAUGCCAGUCUGUGCUUUCCAGAUUUUCAGCGAAAGCAACCACAAGGGCAAGAGUCCAACUACUUGGGAGAUGAGAAAAUAGACAUCAGCAGGAAACACAAACACAACUGCUACUGUGCCCAGGAGGUGUUGAGUGGUCUGAGGCAGCCGGUAGCCGUGGUGCACUGUGGGGAUGGAUCCCAGCGGCUCUUUGUCCUGGAGAGGGAGGGAAUUGUCAGGAUACUCAACCAUGACCUUGAACUAAUCAAGGAGCCCUUCCUCGACAUCCACAAGCUGGUGCAGAGCGGCCUGAAGGGAGGAGAUGAAAGGGGCCUGCUAAGCCUGGCAUUCCACCCCAAUUACAAGAAGAAUGGCAAGCUCUACGUCUCCUACACCACCAACCAAGAGCGCUGGGCCAUCGGACCACACGACCACAUUCUCCGUGUGGUUGAAUACACCGUUUCGAGGAAAAACCCAAACCAGGUGGACACCCGGACUGUGCGGGUGCUGAUGGAAGUGGCAGAGCUGCACAGGAAGCACUUAGGUGGUCAACUUCUGUUCAGCCCUGAUGGUCUACUGUACAUCAUCCUGGGAGAUGGCAUGAUCACCCUGGAUGAUAUGGAGGAGAUGGAUGGACUCAGUGAUUUCACAGGGUCCGUCCUGAGGGUAGAUGUGGACACAGACUGCUGCACAUCACCUUAUUCCAUACCGCGGAACAACCCUUACUUCAACAGCACCAACCAGCCACCUGAAAUCUUCGCCCACGGAUUACAUGACCCAGGCAGGUGUGCAGUGGAUCGGCUUCAGAAGGACAAUGGAAGUUUCAUGAUCCUCUGUACAGACGCCAGUGGCAAAAACGCAUCAGCGGGAAGAAUACUGGAGAUUACUAAGGGCAAAGAUUAUGAAAAUGAGCCUUCUGUCUAUGACCUGCUGUCCAGUGGAGGAGCACCACCUGUGGGAGGUUUCAUCUACAGGGGCUGCCAGUCUAGAAGACUUUAUGGCAGUUAUGUGUUUGGAGAUAAAAACGGUAACUUGCGGAUCCUCCAGAAGACUACAUUGUCAACAUCCACGAGUGGUGAACAGUGGCAGGAGAAAGCUCUGUGUCUGGGCUCCGCUGGCUCCUGUGGCUCGAUGCUUGUGGGGCACAUCCUGGGUUUUGGAGAGGAUGAACUAGGUGAAGUCUACAUACUGGCGAGCAGUAAAAGCAUGGCACAGUCACACAGUGGGAAACUCUACAAGCUGGUAGACCCCAAAAGGCCUCAUGCACCUAAGGAGUGCCAGCGUCAUGUGGAGCCUCCAGAGCUGCUGAUGACAGCUUGUUCCAGACACUGUAAGAACGGACACUGCACUCCUACUGGCAAGUGCUGCUGCAGCCCCGGCUGGGAGGGACCCUUCUGCCGAGUUGCCAAAUGUGAGCCAGCCUGCCGCAACGGGGGAGUGUGUAUGGAGCCUAACAAGUGCCUGUGUAAGAGCGGCUACUCUGGGGCCCAGUGUGAGAAGAGUGAGGGGGGUAUGCCCAAUGACCAGGAGAAAGACGGCAUACUGGACCAUAUCAUUGACAUGACCUCGUACCUCCUAGACCUGACCAGCUAUAUCGUAUAGGGGUGCGCAGAGGGGGGCUACUCCCUGCUGUCAUCCUCAAGUUGACACAAAUCUACCUACCACCAGCAGCAGACUCUAACGAGGUGUCCUUAAUAUGGCCUCUUAAUCUUCCACACACCCACGCAGGCAUACACACGCACACACGCAUAUACACAAAUAUACACACAGGAUUCCCGUCAGACUGCUUUUCAUCCUCAUCACCGAACUCUUCCUCUUUCGCCUAUAAGCUACUUGCUGUUGAGCACCAGGCCUGGCAUCCAAGCCGUGUUCACUGACCUGCAGACAGCAGCGAGAUGAUAGACAAGCAUGGCCAAGUUACGGAAGUUCCCCUAAGACAUUUCCUCUGUCGCUCAGAAAAAGCUCGCACAUGGCCGACUCCACAGGAACAGGAACUCCACAGGAACAGACCAUAUUAACUUAAGACUAACUGAGACUUUGAGUCUUUUCAGGGGCUUUCUGUUGCCAUAUUCAAAACCCUUGAAAAAAAUGGAUUUUUGGGGAUUUUCAGCUGAGACAGAUGACUGUUCAGGAGUUUGUUAAGGAUUCAGCAUUGUAAAGAGUGGUGUGGCUCAAGAUACAAGUUUGUGCUCAUGAUCCAUUCAAAAACCAGCAAGAAUCAGACUUUGAAGGAACCUCCACCUCAGCUGUAGAGAGCUGAGAAGUCAAUGAGAGCCUGCAGUGCUUUGUGCUGUACUAUUCUAAAGGCACUAGUACAAGAGAGAUGAACCAUGUUGUCUCACUUAUGAUGUCGUAUUUAGUUUGUGAGCAUAUUGUCACAAAAAAAAAAAAAUCUAUAACAGUAUACAGUAUGUAUACUUUGUUUUGCGAUACUCACUUGCCGUCAAUGUACAGAAUGGAUCUACAACAGAGGACUGUUACCUACACAGAAACAGGAACAAGAACACCUGAGUGGGAACAUUUUGUCAAAGCCAGUUUCAUACAAUCUGAAUGGAGUUAUUGGCUCCCAUGCACUGUAUUCAUUGUUUGUUUCAUUCACUUUAUUAUUCAAAAUUAAUUUGUCUUUAAAAGCGCAAUGAGAGUAGUUUCACAUUCACUCAGACACGCCACACUAUAACUGGUAUGGUCUACCAAACUCCUUUCAUUGCGUCACACACUGAACCUGAACUCAAAACUACAAAGGGAAGAGAUGCGCGGUGAUGUAUAUUUCCAAUAGAGCUUACCUAAGUACUACUUAGCAUUGCAAAAAAAAAAAAGCAAAAAAAAACUAUAGCAUUACUAUUGUUAUCAUAGAGGAGGGUUUAUUUUUUUAAGCGUAAUAAUAUA